GCAUUUGCUGGGCCGAGCUCCUCCAGUCCCCUCCCGUGCAGAUCCCGGGCAGCCCAGCCUCGUCCCUUCCUCGCUCCCCUUGUCUCAGCCAUAUAAGGAGCAGCAGCUGCCGGGGCGGUCGGAGGAUCUAAAGAUAGCGGCCAGGCCUGCGGCUCCAGACACCACCGGGCAGCAGGAUCCUCAUGGCACGGCAGCAUGCCCGGACCUUGUGGUACGACAGGCCCAAGUACGUGUUCAUGGAGUUCUGCGUGGAGGACAGCACGGACGUGCGCGUGCUCCUGGAGGACCACCGCGUGGUGUUCAGCUGCAGGAACGGCGACGGAGUGGAGCUGUACAACGAAAUCGAGUUCUACGCCAAGGUGAACUCCAAGGACUCCCAGGAUAAGCGCUCCGGCCGCUCCGUGACGUGCUUUGUGAGGAAGUGGAAGGAGAAGGUGGCCUGGCCGCGGCUCACCAAGGAGGACAUCAAGCCAGUGUGGCUGUCCGUAGACUACGACAACUGGAGAGACUGGGAGGGGGACGAGGAGAUGGAGCUGGCACAGGUGGAGCACUAUGCAGAGCUUUUGCAGAAGGUCAGCACCAAGGGACCGCCCCCCGCCAUGGAUGACCUGGAUGAUGACUCGGAUGGCGGUGAUAUGACUGGCAGUAGUCUCUGAGAGCGCUCUAUGCUGGAAGGAGGCCGAGAUGUCUCUGCUGCUGAGCACUGUGCCUGACCACGGCCUCUCUGUCAUGCCCUGCUGUGCUCAGAGCUUCCCAGAAGUGCUUCCGUGGAGCUCCCUUUUCUCCUUGGAUUUUCUUCCCAGACUCUGGUGUAGGUGCUGUGCAGGUGGCUGGAGAGUGAGGGGCAUAUGGAGGCCCCUAGCCUCCUGCUGACUUAUUUACAAUCUCUGGUCUGCUUGAUUACCUGAGUGUGUAUGCGUGUGCAAAAGCCAGAGACACACAGAUGACAAUAAAUCUGUGGUACCCAC